AUGGCUGGGAGCAAUUUCACUGAGGUGACUCUUUUCAGCCUCUCUGGAUUUGCAGAUCACCCUGAACUACAAGUCAGCCUGUUCCUGGUGUCUCUGUUCAUUUAUCUCUUCACUGUUUGGGGGAACCUUGGGCUAAUCGUGCUAAUUAGAGUUGACUCUCAACUUCACACACCUAUGUACUUUUUCCUUAGUAACUUAGCAUUCAUCGACAUCUUUUAUUCUUCUACUGUAACCCCCAAAGCCCUGGUGAGUUUACAGUCCAAACAGAAAUGCAUCUCUUUCGUUGGCUGCUUUGUUCAGAUGUACUUCUUCGUUGGUUUGGUCUGCAGCGAGUGUUUUCUGCUCGGCUCCAUGGCCUACGAUCGGUACGCAGCCAUCUGCAAUCCUCUACUGUAUCCGGUGGUUAUGUCCCGGAAAGCGUGCAGCUGGCUGGGCGUGAUGCCCUACGCGGUAGGCUUCACCAAUUCCCUGGUCUCCGUGUGUGUGAUAAGCAGUUUGUCCUUCUGCGACUCAAGCAUCAAUCACUUUUUCUGUGACACCACGGCCCUUCUGGCUCUGUCCUGCGUGGACACCUUCAGCGCAGAACUGGUGAUCUUUGUGUUAGCUGGGUUCACUCUCCUGAGUUCUCUCCUCAUCAUCGCCGUCACUUACAUCGCCAUCAUCUCAGCCAUCCUGAGGAUCCAGUCUGCAGCGAGCCGGCAGAAGGCGUUCUCCACCUGCGCGUCCCACCUGACGGGUGUGACUGUCUUCUACGGGUCCCUGAUUUUCACAUACUUGCAGCCUGAUAACACUUCAUCCCUGACUCAGGCACAGGUGGCCUCCGUCUUCUACACCGUGGUCAUCCCGGCGCUGAACCCUCUCAUCUACAGCCUGAGGAACAAAGAUGUGAAAAUCGCCCUCCUGAGAAUCAUGCAUAGAACAGUGUUUCUGUGA